ACGCACGCACGCACGCACGCACCCAAAUCAACCCGCCUCCCGGGCAUGGGCGGGCUGUGCUUGUGACAGCCGACCGGCCGAGCUUUCAUCCAGAUCGCCCAGGAAACCGCGGAAAAUGCGAUUGUCCUCUUCCCCGGGGCCAAUCGAGCCAUCACGCCCUGUGACAUUGCGCGGCUAUUCCAGCAGCUGCCCUCACUGCCGAGUGCCGUGAUGCUCCAGAAUGAGACCUCCUGCAAUGAGGAGGUCGUCACUGCCGCCGGCGACCGAGGCAUCGCGGUGGUCUACAACCCGAGCCCCUUCCAGCAGGCGGACUUCCUGGCGGUCAUGGGGUGCCUUCGGCCAGGAGCGGUUCUCUUGCUGAAUGAGAUCGAGGCAGGGCAGUGUCUGAGCGCCAUGCGGACCGCCGCUCAGCCCCAGAGUAGCACCGCCCUGGCCCUGGCCCCCCAUUGUGCCCCCGGCAAUGCCGAUCCGACGGGCGCCUUUGCCCGUGCCAACGCCCUGUUGGACCAGCUUGAGCCGCAGAUUGCUCUUCCUGGCAUCUCCCUUGUCCUGACCCUCGGCUCGGCCGGAGCUGUGGCCUCAUUCCCGGCGGGCUCGGCACGGGGCCGGGUGGCCAUCCCGGCUGCUCCCGUGCCCGAGGGAGCCACAAUUGUCGAUACCACCGGCGCUGGGGAUUGCUUCGCCGGUUUUCUGGUCCACGGAUUGGCAACCUUCGGCCUGCUGGGGGACAACACCAAGACGUCGGCAGCAGGGUCGCCAUCUCCAGCCGACAUGCUGGAUACCACUGCAUGGGCUCCCCUUGCUGGGGCUGCUGCCUCGGGGCCGCGGGAUUUCCACGCCAAGGCCUGGACGGCGGCGUUGAGUCGUGCAGCCCGGGCGUCCACCCUCGCGUGCACUCGCCAUGGCGCGAUGCUUUCCUUCCCGGAUGCGACGGCGGUCGAUCAGCUGGGCGCCGACUCCUGAGGCACACCGCGCCUGCAUGGUGUAUCCCCUGCCGGCCGACAUGCAUCUGCUUGGGUGCAUCUGUGCAAGCACGGCCUCUGAAGUUGCGUGUGCGAUGCAGUCAUCGCCGCGCGCGCGCGAUGGGGAAAGCAUGCGCACAAGUGCGGCCCAUCUCAUACAGCCGAGACCCGCGCGCCGAUGUCCUCUGGACUUCCUUUUUUCUUUCUCCUCCUCCUCCUCCCCCGCACAUGCAACCGCUUGGUGGAAGGCCCCAGGCCCCCGAACACACGGACGUUGGAUUUAUGUUUUU